UCCAUAAGUACACUGUCUCCAGCAUCAUCCCGUGCUUAACAAUCGCGUCAUCGCCACCAGACACCAAAUGUUGCUUGGGUUCUGGAUUUGGGUUUUAGUUUGGCUUUCACAGGGAAGGUUUUGGAGAUAGUGGUGGUUUGUGGUGCUGGUCCGCCAUGCAAGGAGGUGAAAGGAAGCAGGACAGUAGAGCCUUAGGUUUUUAGCAGACUCAAUAAGUAACUGCUUAAACGGUUUUAUGACUGGUAAUUCAAAAACUGUUUAACUUCUCAUGGACUAGGAUAGUCCUAUUUCAGAACUGGAAUAUAGUUAUCCGCAAAUCCAAACGAUAGCAAAACCAACCAACACGGAAAUGGAGUUUACCAGAGAAUAUCAGAAGAGAAGACGAAGAAUACUAGAACUGAAUUGAAGAGCCAGGCAAAGGAAGGAGUAAAGUGAAUGAAAUGGCAGAGAACAAGGAAUCAACGUCGAGUUCACUGAGCCAAGGACUGACUCACCAUGACUCGGAUCCAGAUGAUAUCCCUAAGUCUCCUCCGAGUUCCCCCAAUUCCUCCACUCGCAAGGCUUGCUAUGCUGUUCUUCAGAGUUGGGUUUCGAAAAAGUUCAUGACUGGAUGUGUUGUUCUCUUUCCAGUUGCUGUUUCCUUUUUAGUGACUUGGUGGUUUAUCCAGUUUGUUGAUGGUUUCUUUAGCCCAAUAUAUGCUAAACUUGGCAUUGACAUUUUCGGCCUUGGAUUUGUUACUUCACUACUUUUUGUAUUCUUCGUUGGAAUUUUUGCAUCAUCAUGGAUGGGUGCAACUGUUUUCUGGGUUGGAGAAUGGUUUAUUAAGCGAAUGCCAUUUAUGAAGCACAUUUACUCAGCCUCCAAACAAAUUAGUGCUGCUAUUUCUCCAGACCAAAACACUACUGCUUUUAAGGAGGUUGCAAUUAUCCGUCAUCCUCGUCAUGGUGAAUAUGCAUUUGGUUUCAUCACAUCAUCUGUCAUCCUUCAGAGAGAAGAUGGAGAUGAAGAGUUAUGCAGUGUUUAUGUCCCAACAAACCAUCUAUACAUUGGUGACAUAUUUCUGGUCAAUUCUGAUGAGAUCAUAAGACCAAACUUGUCUAUUCGGGAAGGCAUAGAGAUCAUUGUUUCAGUUGGUAUGACAAUGCCACAGCUGAUAUCUUCUGUAGAAAGGAUUCCUCAUCAGAGCAAUAGGAUCCCUCUAAGCAGAAUCGUAUGAAGGCACUGAAGCUUUUUAAUUCAUGACAUGAAUGGCUGACAAUCUUAAAGGUGACAAAGAAAGUCACCUUUUGUUUUUCCUCGGCCAGGCUUACAUAUGUAGAGAUUUAGGUUCUCAGAGUCUACAGGUGAAACUAUAUAAAGUCAGUAUGACUAUACACGUGUCUUCCAUCUUUUAAACUUGCUAAAGUAAAGAAAGUGCUGGGUACUCCAGUGUGAAUCUGGAUAAAGGCAGUCAUAUUCAUAGAAUGUGCCAAAUAUCCACUUUUGUUCUGUACAAAGGUUGACAAGAAAUGCCAAACACAUCUUUUACUUUGUAUAAA